AAGUUUCGUCAGCAGAAGCAUCCAAUUAUUCACCUAUACUAAUUUUUCAUUGUUUACUGAGCAGAAUGUUCGUUGUACGCCGUAGCACAGCCCGUUUGUACCCCGCUGGAGUGCAAUUGGCAAAAAUGAGCGGCCAGUUGGGCGACUUGGGCAGUGGUGCCGGCAGGGGCGGCGGUGGCGGUGGCUCCAUUCGUGAGGCUGGCGGCGCCUUUGGCAAAAUGGAGGCUGCUCGCGAGGAGGAAUACUUCUACAAGAAGCAAAAGGAUCAGCUGGAGCGCUUGAAGAACGAUCAGAUCCAUCAGGCCGAAUUCCAUCAUCAGCAGAUCAAGGAGCACGAGGAGGCCAUUCAGCGCCACAAGAAUUUCCUCGAGAAUUUGCACAAGUGAAUAACUUGAUCAACUCAAUAACUCAAUGAAAUGAACAACUUUCACAUUAACGAUAACUAUUGCGUCACAAUUACUUAAAUGCAUUUCUUUAAUUAUAUAAUAUGUUUUUGUAUUGUUCUUUAAGUGAUUCUACACACACAAGGCUUUAAUAAAGAAUUGUUUUCACUGUUCGCAUUUUAGCGUAAAACUUGAA